AAGAAGACAAAAGAGAUUGAGAAAAGGGCAAGACGAGUAGGGGUUAAGACAGCUAAGAGUGUUCCUCAGUCGCCCCACAAAAAUGUCUUCUCUCCUCUCUCUUAAGUCUCUCUCAGCUCUUGUUAAAUGGUUCCAAGUUCAAUGCUCCAGAAACCCACGCCCUCAUCUCCCCUCACACAUGCAUCCUAUGACCUUUCCUUUUCUAUCCAUUUUCUUCCCACAAAUUACCUGACUACGACACCAAAUGCCAAAAACAUUAUUUACUAAGAUGAGAAAUUAAGGAGAGACUGUGACACACCAUCUCAACUGUGAAAACAUAAUUUUCCAUGAUAUUAGAAGUCCUCAUAUAAGUUCAUAUAAACUCUGAGGUUUCAAAAAAAAAAAGUUCAUAUAAACGCUGAUCAUUAUCUAUGUUUCAGUUUGGUCUCCAACUGCAACAUAAAGUCUAAUACUUAUAAACUUAAGAUUUUACCCAUAAAAAAAGAGAGUCUAAUAUGAAGGCAUUAUAGCAACCACUGAUUCAAACCAAAAGUUAACAAACAAUAUAUAAUCAAGUAACUAAUUCGGCUGUGAACAUUCUCGCUUCCUACUUUUACAAGAUUUUGAACCUGUAAGAAACAAAGGAAAGAUUAUCUCAAGAGGGGGAAAACGUCGCAUGAAUUAAAUAUAGCAGAAAGUAGAAUAUGACAGCUUUUACUUAAACCAUACUGAAGACAGAGAAUGAACAUUGAACAGUAAAGAAAGAAGAGAAUCUCUGAAUAUCCACUUUAAACUACUGCCCUCUUGUCUCAACUCUCAAGAGUCAUUUAAUUCAGUUAUUUUGACCCAUAACAUUUUUGGCCACUUCCCAUAGUCUCCAACACCUUCUAUUUACUCUAGGGCUUCCACGGCUAUAUAUAUAUAGGUCCCUUCCUUUAACUUGAAACUCAUAAUUCAACAUUCAUCAGUUGUACUACUUGUUAUCACACCAAAUACGAUCUUUAUAGUCUUACCUGUAUAUAUUAAUUUAGCGCACGAAGAUGGUUAAACCCUUUUGGAGAAAAGGUUCCGGUACGGAAAGAAGUAAGAUCAGUCCAACAAAGAAUGAUGGCUUGACAUGGUAUAAAGACCUUGGCCUUCACGCCUUUGGAGAGUUUUCAAUGGCAAUGAUCCAAGCCAACAGUGUGAUGGAGGAUCAGUGCCAGAUCGAAUCAGGGCCAUUGACGUUCAACAAUCUUGCAGUCCAAGGCACGUUCGUUGGAGUUUACGAUGGUCAUGGAGGUCCAGAGGCUUCUAGAUUCAUUGCAGACAACCUCUUCCCCAACUUAAAGAAGUUUGCCUCAGAGAGUGGAGAGGUUUCAGAGGAGGUGAUCAGGAACGCGUUUGCAGAGACGGACGAAGAUUUUCUCAACGCAGUGAAGAAGAAAUGGCGCAAGAACCCGCAGAUGGCAUCAGUGGGGUCAUGUUGCUUGGCAGGAGUGAUAUGCAACGGUCUGGUGUACAUCGCAAACGCAGGAGACUCAAGGGCUGUGUUGGGAAGAUAUGAGAGAGGUGGUGGAGUGAGAGCUGUUCAGUUAUCAGUAGAGCACAAUGCAAACGUAGAGUCUGCGAGACAAGAGUUGUGGUCAAUGCAUCCUAAUGACCCUGACAUCCUUGUGAUGAAGCACCGUAUGUGGCGUGUGAAAGGCAUCAUCCAGGUCACAAAAUCAAUAGGGGAUGCAUACCUCAAAAGAGCAGAGUUCAACAGAGAGCCUUUGCUGCCUAAGUUCAGAGUAGCAGAACCUUUCACCAAGCCAAUCCUUAGCGCGGAUCCAUCAGUCACGGUUACACGGCUUAAACCAGAAGACGAGUUUAUGAUUCUUGCUUCAGAUGGGCUUUGGGAGCAUCUUAGCAACCAGGACGCUGUUGAUAUUGUACAUAGCUCCCCUCGUCAAGGAAUAGCAAGGAAACUACUCAAAGCUGCACUGAAGGAAGCAGCAAAGAAACGAGAGAUGAGAUACUCUGACUUGCAAGAGAUCCUUCCUGGUGUCAGAAGGCAUUUCCAUGACGACAUAACUGUUAUUGUUGUCUAUCUCAACACACAAACCAAUGGUUGGGCUUCUCCACUGUCAAUUAGAGGUGGCUACCCAUGAACCUAUCUCUCGCUACAUUAUUGCCUGUGUUAUGCCUCAGGGGCAGACGAAAUUGGAACCGGUUGCCACAAUUAGUAUAGCUAGAACAAUAUUACAUUGCGAUAUCUUUGAUAUGUUAUGUUGUUUUUAAGAUAACAUAAAUUCAAAUUUACCCCUGUAUGCAAAUUACACAGGAGGUAUACCUCAUCAAUUGUCAAUGAUGCUAGUUUUUCAGAAGCAA